AUGGAGUCUAAACUUCAUGAAAGUAAUGAAGAUGUCUCUUCUACAAAAAAAUCAACAAGACAAGUCAUUGUGGACGAGCAGGUCUUGAUUCGUUUUGGCAAAGACCCUAGUUCAGAUGAAGAUGAUCCCGUGGCCUCCUAUUACUACGACAAGUACAUGGACAUGAGUGUUCAAGAAGGCCUCGAUAUUCUAGCAGAAGCAAUCAAAUACCACGACGAUGAUGUCAACUUCCCCCAAGAUGUCAUGGACAAGAUUAAAAUCUAUGUUAAUGAUCCUCAAGCUUUUGAAGGAGAUCAAGAAACAUUCGAACGCGAAGUCAAAAUUGAAGCCGUUCUUAUCCACUACCACUCUCCCUACCCAGAAGUUCGCGCCGUGUGUGAUCCGUAUGACGACCCUACAACACCCUGCGACACUUUCCGCGCAUACUUUCUGGGACUCUUGUGGACUAUUAUCGGAACAGGUGUAAAUCAAUUUUUUUCUCCACGUUUGCCCAAUAUCCGUCUUAGUGGUGGCAUUUUGCAAAUCUUGUUGCUUCCCUGUGGUAACCUCAUGGCUCUACUACCGGACUGGGGUUUUACAAUUAAAGGCCAUCGCUACAGUAUUAACCCAGGGCCAUGGACCUAUAAAGAGCAAAUGUUCGCCUCUAUAAUUUUUAACGUUUCAAUUGGUGGCGCCUAUGCCGCGCUUUACAACAUCAUUACCCAAAAACUGCCCAUGUUUUAUGACGAGCAGUGGGCCUCAAUCGGGUAUCAGUUUUUGCUGGUAUUUUCCACUCAGUUUGUGGGUUUUGGUUUUGCAGGAAUCAUGAGAAGACUCAUUGUUUACCCUGUCCGUGCUGUUUGGCCCACAAUCUUGCCAACUUUGGCUCUUAACCGUGCCCUGGCAGCCAAGGAACCAAAUAAGGUUGUAAAUGGUUGGAAAAUUAGCAGAUAUGGUUUCUUUUUGGUGACAUUUAGCGUCAGCUUUAUAUAUUACUGGCUUCCAACCUAUCUUUUUGAGGCUCUUUCCUACUUUAACUGGAUGACUUGGAUUUCUCCAAAUAACUUUAAUCUUGCUGCUAUCACUGGUAGUAUUAGCGGGCUGGGACUCAAUCCCAUCCCAAGCUUUGACUGGGCUGUUCUCAAUUACAAUACUCCAUUGGAAAUACCUUUUUACUCACAAGUCAAUCAGUAUGCAGGUGCUUUGAUUGCUGGGUUUUGUGUUAUUCCGGCUCUAUACUGGACAAAUUUUAAAUGGACAUCAUACCUGCCCAUCAAUUCCAACCACUUGUUUAAGAAUACAGGUGAGCCGUAUGAUGUGCGCCAGAUUUUGACCAAUGGCUUGUUUGAUAAUGAAAAGUAUCAAAAGUACUCUCCACCAUACUAUACUGCCGCAAACUUGGUUCUUUAUGGUGCUUACUUUGCUCUCUAUCCAUUUGCCAUUAUUUACACCAUUGUGAUUGACUGGAAAUCCAUUGUUUUCAGUAUUCGUGACUUGUGGGAUACUAUUAAGCACCCUAUGCGAUCAAAUUAUGAGAGCCACGAUGAUCCUCAUAGUAAAAUGAUGAGCAAAUAUCCUGAAGUACCUGACUGGUGGUUUGUUGCAGUUAUGGUGAGUGCUGUUGGACUUGGUAUUGCGUGUGUGCGGGCCUUCCCCACAAAUACGCCCAUUUGGGGUAUUUUCUUUACAAUUGGCAUCAAUUUCGUUUUUUUGAUUCCCAUCACUCUUAUUUACUCAGUCACUGGCUUUUCCUUUGGAUUGAAUGUUUUGGUGGAGCUCAUUGUGGGGUAUGCAUUGCCUGGUAACGGUACAGCCCUUAACAUUCUCAAAGCUUAUGGGUAUAACAUUGAUGGUCAAGCGCAGAAUUACAUUACAGAUCAAAAGAUGGCUCAUUAUGCUAAGCUUCCACCAAAAGCUGUGUUUAAAGGUCAAAUGAUUUCAACCGUUAUUCAAGUGCUUGUUUCAGUGGGUGUAGUCAACUGGCAGAUUUCCAAUAUCGAUGGCUUGUGCACCAAGCACCAGGCUGAGAAGUUUACUUGCCCAGGCCCCAAUACCUUUUAUGCAGCCUCUGUUAUUUGGGGUGUCAUUGGUCCCAAGCGUGUAUUUCGUCACUUGUAUCCACUACUUCAGUGGUGUUUUCUCAUUGGCGCUGUUGCAACAAUUCCCUUUUUGCUACUGCGCAAGUUUUUCCCGCGCCAAACAAAGUACUUUCAGCCCACGUUGGUUAUUGGUGGAAUGUUGUCGUAUGCACCAUACAAUUUGACUUACCAAACAGGAUCGUUGUACUUGUCGAUAGCCUUUAUGUGGUAUAUUCGUCGCCGAUACUUGAGCUGGUGGGAAAAGUAUACCUAUGUCUUGUCGUCGUCAAUUACUGCGGGCGUGGCGUUUUCAGCAAUCAUUAUAUUUUUUGCAGUUCAGUACCACCCCAAGAAGCUAACUUGGUGGGGCAAUUCCGUAUCAUAUGCCGGUGCAGAUUCUGCGGGAGGAAGUUUAAUAAAGGUCCCCGAGGGACAGAUUUUUGGACCACCUCCAGGCCAGUUUCCAUGA